UCCAGGAUUGGGAAAGCCUGAUUCCUAGCUGGAAAAAAGGACUGGCUGAGGGAGAAAGAAACCUGACACCAAAGGACUUUGAAAUCCUGGUCAUUGAAAUGGACUAUGGCAUGGACGACAAGGACCCUAUCCAACAUGUUCAUUUCUACAGCAAAUCUGAGCUUGACAAGGCAAAGCCAAUGCCCGAAGAAAAGGGAUCCAGGAUUCACACAACGUGCUUUUCUGAGCAGCUGAUCAGGGUCUUCUGUAAGGAGAUUGAUGACGAGAGUGUGGAGGCUGCCAAAAAGCACUUUAAACAGUGGUUAAGGUGCUGGUUAAGCUCUACUCUAAUUCUGCAAAACAUUGUCUCUGGAAAUAUCUACAAGUUUGUUGGUGAGAGAAAGCCAGCGGACCCCAUCGAGGAUUGGGAAGUAAGUCUGUGUUCUUGUGUUUCAUUACAUUUAUAACACAUGAU